GGGAGACGGCAGUUCGGCCACGUCCCCUGGCCACGUCGCGCCGCUCUCGCCAUCUUCGCUGGUUCCUCUUCGGGCCGCCGUUACCUGCUAAGCCGCCGAGCCCCGGGGCCGCCGCGCCGACCGCCGCUUCCAUUAUGAACAUCUUCCGGCUGACCGGGGACCUGUCCCACCUGGCGGCCAUUGUCAUCCUGCUGCUAAAGAUCUGGAAGACGCGCUCCUGCGCUGGUAUUUCUGGGAAAAGCCAGCUUCUCUUUGCACUGGUCUUCACAACUCGUUACCUGGAUCUUUUUACUUCAUUUAUUUCAUUAUAUAAUACAUCUAUGAAGCUUAUCUACAUUGCCUGCUCCUAUGCCACAGUGUAUCUGAUCUACAUGAAAUUUAAGGCAACCUAUGAUGGAAAUCAUGACACCUUCAGAGUGGAGUUUCUGGUGGUCCCUGUGGGAGGCCUCUCAUUUCUAGUCAAUCACGAUUUCUCUCCUCUUGAGAUUUUAUGGACCUUCUCCAUCUACCUUGAGUCAGUGGCCAUCCUUCCACAGCUUUUCAUGAUCAGCAAGACUGGGGAGGCUGAGACCAUCACCACCCAUUACCUGUUCUUCCUGGGUCUCUACCGUGCUUUGUAUCUUAUAAACUGGAUCUGGCGCUUCUACUUCGAGGGCUUCUUUGACCUCAUUGCUGUGGUGGCUGGGGUGGUCCAAACCAUCCUAUACUGUGACUUCUUCUACUUGUACAUUACAAAAGUACUCAAGGGAAAGAAGCUCAGUUUGCCAGCAUAAGUGCCAAAGACCAUCAGCAGCCUCUGUCCUUCAGGGUGCUCGGACAGAAUUCUUAACACAGCAAAGGCAUGAGAUGCUCGAUGCGGAAAAUCAGAAACUUAACUCUUUUGUUGCAGAUUGUCAUCAGUGGCUCUAACAAGAACAAGGAGGAAAAGAACCACAAGGUUUCUGUUUAAUGCAUCUUGCCUUAUCUUUUUUUAUUACUAUGUACAAAGAUUUUUUUACACAAAGAAACUAAAUGCUGUAUUAAAAAAAUUCAGUGUGUAGCUUAAUUGGAAUAGUUCCAAAAGUGACAAUUUUGUGAGGAAUAAGUAAGUGCAAACUUUUUAUUUUAAAAAUUCUUUGAAAUUGUUGAUUCUUUGUGUCUGCAAUGAGAUUGUAUUCCUCGACAGUUGGUAGAUUAUAUAUUCUAACAUCUAUCAAACUUGCAUUCCACUAUAUUUAUUUUUUUGCCAAAAUAUGAGUUGUAUUUGUUUGAUAUCUGAGACACUAUGUUUAAUUUUUAUCUGUCCAAAUUCCACCUGCCGUGGAAAUCCUGCCCUGGACAUCACAACACUACAUUUAAGGUUAGUGAAGAUGACUUGUAAAUCUUACGGUUUUUGUUAUCAAAAUUUUAAGGUUCUGAGUGUAGAUGGGGUGUCAACUAAGUCCCCAAAGGUGCCUACCUUUCUUCUCUGCUAAGUGUCGGUUUGAGACUGUCCCAACGAUGCUGAAGAACUCCUGGACAGGAGUUUUGGGCUGCUUGCCAUGUAAGUGUCUAACAGGAGGGACUUUAAUGGUUAUUUUGGAUAGAAGGCUGCUCCUUUGAGGAAUGGAACACAAAUAGUCAUCUGUGACGUUCCACUUGCAGUUCCAAAAGAUGAACUACAACCAUGUCUGUGCUUAGAUUCACACGGUUUUCUCUAUCACUUUUGGGUGGUAAGAUGAUUUACAAUUUUUUUUUUUAAGUUGGCAGCAUCUUAUUUCUUACAUUUUUUUAAAUUGAGCUCUUGAGUGAUUUAUCUUGUGUUACCAUCCUAAAUAAACAUAUGAAAUAAAUUCUUUUUUUUAUGAAUUAGGCUUCUGAACAUCCUGUGUUGGGAUGAUUUUUGUUUUGUUUUUCAUUUGGCAACAAAAGCUCUGUAGAGCAAAAGACAUUUCAGUCUACUAAAUCUGUAAAGUUUGUCUUUUAAGAAAAUACUAGAGCUUUUCAUUCUGAUUUUGCCAUUAUAUUCAUUUGCUACAUUUUUUGAUUUAUGCAAAAGUAUAUGACUUUGUUUUUAUGUGAUUCACCACAAACAUGAAAGUGUUGAAUGCUAACAGUACUUACUACAAGGAGGAUGUAGUAGUUCUGUUCCUGCAUUAAAAUGCACUAGUGAAGAGCCAGGGAUAUAGCUCAGCAGCACAGUGCCUGCCUGGCAAGCAUGAGGCCCUGAGUUCAACUCCGGUACCUAAAUAAAUAAAUAAAUAAAUAAAAUGUCUUGUGAAGCAGGGGAACUGGAUGAGCUACAUUUCUAUUUAGUGUGAGUCUUAAUUCUUAAUUGGCAGUGCAACUAUGUAGUUUAACUUCUUUUAUUGCCCUCAUUUUAUUUUUCCCCUCUUGCUUCACGCUUUUCUGUAUCAGUACUUUUCAUUCCAGCAUGCUAGGCUUGGUUUAGUUUCUUCAGCUUGUUUCAUCUUCCUUGGACAGUUCUAGAAGUUUAAAGGAAGGGUGAGGAAAUCAGUUGUAGUAAAUGGAGCAGAAAAGUCAGGCAGGCUGCCUGCUGCCCGCCUAGGGGCAGAGUGAGUGGGGUGGGGGUGGGACUCACACCUGUCUUUCCUCACGUAAAUCAGGUACAUGCUGGGGUCCCUCACUGCAGAGCACAAUGCACAGAACAAGAAUGUGGAGUCUUGGCAUGUCAAAGCCUUCUGCAGUCAUUCUAGACAAGUAAGGAUAAAAUUGGCAAAGAUGUUAAUCACCUUUUUGUGGUCAGCCAGGACAAAAUCUUGCUAAGGGAAGAUACCUGACUCAGAGUUGGGACUGGGCAGCGUCCUCACGCAUAGGAAACAAAGGCCUUCUCUUGUGUGACAUGCCUUAUGAAGCACUGUUUCAUGGUUACUUUCACUUAAUAAAGGUUAUCAGGUAAUUAAUAUUUUCA